ACCUCCUGAUCGGAUUCAUUUUGUUUUUCAUGGGAGUGUUUGUCUCGUUCGUGAUCACGACGAAAUUGCGAUUCGAUGAGAGAAGCCUCUUCGGGCUGGUAUUUAGAACGAUGACGUUAUACGGUCUUUACGUGUUCGCACAUAAUCUGGUGGGCGUGAAGCUGUGCUACAAUUACUUCCACUAUGCUGAAGGACCGGGGAUGAACCUGAGACUGUUCGUGUGGACUCUGCUGGGCUUGUUCGUUGUACUUGCUGGCUGCUUCAUGGCCAGCAUCUGCUUCUCCACGGCCGAUCUUUUAGCCGUUCAACUCAGAGAGACUCUUCUCGAAGGUAUGAAAAAAUACUUCACGGACGUGUCGUGAAAACGACGGAUAGACAACAUGCAAGUUGGGAUGCAGUGUUGCGGGAUAGAUUCCGCCGACGAUUGGCACAAGACGUAUUGGCUGCAACGGGAGUUUCUUGUGCUUGACUCGCCAGAUAUCUUGAGGUACGCUAAGUUGGACGGUCGCGUGACACCGCCGGUGGUGCCGUGGAGUUGCUGCCGAAUCGACGUAAAGGGCCCGUGCUAUCACGAUCCCCUUCAGCUGCCAAAUCCGGAACAGAAUUCCACUUACGAGAGCCUGAACCCUCGGGGCUGUCUCGCCGCCAUGAAGACCGUGCUAAAUGGGACGCUGUAUUCCACCGCGGUGCUGAUCGCGUUUCUGUUUGUGUUGCAGGUGUUGGUGAGCGUGUUGUCGAGAUUCGACUUUACUGCCGCGAGAAACGCGGUGGCACUUGGAGAUCGGUGGGCAGCUUCGCCCGGUUGGCUCUUUGGCCGCCUAGAUUUUGGCUUAGCCAGCGGACCUAAUCUCUGCCAGAUCGAUCGGAAAACCAGCGGACGAGGCGAUUCGAUGAUCGAUCUACGCCCGCUUGUAUAUUCCAGCGACACGGACUGAAAAGCAAAGGAAAAGCCAGAAAACAAGGCCGAAUCUCCCCGAAAGAAGAGUCAUAUUUCCACGUCAGGUGUCUCCUCCGCGAAUCCGACAAAAAUUCCCCCUCAAUUUUCCGACUC